UUAUGGUUUGUAUAGGAAUCACAAUUUAAGUUAAAAUGGCAAAAAUGCAAGAAUCCUCUAAUAAUUUUUCUGAGCAAGGAACAUUUUUUUUUUGGUGAAAAGAGUGGGCAAAAAACCCAAGGGGAGGAACAAAAAAGAAAACACACAGCAAGCAAAACAAAAACGAAAAAGAACAAACAGCAGCUAAACCACUACAAACCAGCUCGUCUGAGCAAGGAACAUUGGAACUGGUCUGCCAGAAACAGAAACAGAAACAAAUUACAGCGGGAGAAAUUUAAACUAAUUUAGUAAACUUAACCAACUAAUCAAGCAGAAAUCAUCAUCGACAAACCAGUAAACUAAUGAUUUCUCCAAAUUUUAAAGGAAGUGGGUUAAUUUGAUGUCAAAGUUAGAUUGCUGACAUUUAUUGUCUGAAGCACAAUGGCUCUUUUGAAUGUCAAUCCAAUGCAGCAUGUCAAUUGCUGGCUUCUUAAUAGGAUUGUUUUGAAUCCAUUGAGAGUUCACUUUCUGCCACUGCAUACUCGAGUAGGAGUUGCUUGGAAGUCGUUGGUGAUUGAAGCGAAGUUUAGGAAAAGGGCAAAUACUCGAAUUGAAAGUAACAAACUCCAAAACAGACGAUUACAGAAAAAGUAUGAUGGCACAUCUACCAAACCAAGGCUUUCAGUAUUCUGUUCAGAUAAGCAGCUGUAUGCAAUGCUUGUAGAAGAUGUAAAUAAGAAGUGUUUAUAUUAUGGAAGCACUUUGCAGAAAUCUGUCCGAAGUGAUCCUGAUGUGAGUACUGUGGAGGCUGCGAAAGCAGUUGGUGAAGAGCUUGUAAAAGCAGCAGUAAACCUCAGUAUCGAUGAAAUAUCAUCUUACGAUCGCAAUGGCAGUGAUCGUGGAGAAAGGGUGAAAGCAUUUGAAAUUGCACUCUCUGAACACGGCUUCUUGCUCAGAUAGACUGCAGGAUACUCCUUUUUCCGGGCCCCGGAUGGGAAGGUUUACUACGGUUUCGUGACUCGUAACGGGUUAGCAGUGUUCAAGCCAGGGUUGGAUGUUGAGGUGCC